AUGAAUCAACUGGCUUAGGGUAUAAAUUAUAUAAAUCUAGGUAUUUCGAAGUUUGAUAUCUUUGGUUAAACGAUUACAUUAAAAAUGAAUCAGAAAAACUACUAUAAAACAUUCCUUGGUGGUCUUAUAUCUAUUGUGCUAUUCAUAAUAAUCCUCACUUUCUUUUCUUCAAAUAUAAAAUCAUUCUUCAAUAAAGAAAAUCUUUUAGCAACUGUUCUCACUAAUUUUGAGGAAAUUCCAUCAUAAUCAGUCAUAAAUGAUGCCACAUUUUUAUUUGCUAUUUAAAUAGAUCAAGAGAACUUUUUGUAAAGACCAUUUUUUUAGAUUGAAGUUCUUUAGAUAUCUGAAACUCGACAAAUAAAUGGAAGUAAAAUAAGAGAGGAAUAGUAAAUUUAAUUAGUCCCUUGUACACUUGAAAGAUUUACUUCAAUCUUUGAUUAAUAUAACAAAAACAUUACUUAAGCCUAUAUAGACCUGAACUUAAAUAAUUUUCUUUGUUUUAAGUAUUUUCCAUUAUAAUAAUUAGAAAAAAUACCUCAUACAUAUUGGAAGGAACACAUUCAAGUAAUUUAUUUUAAAAUUUUUAAAAGGCAUUUAAUUUUCAUACCUGAAAAUAUCUAUCAAGAAAUGUAAUUCAACUAAUAUAUGUGCAAGUGAAGAUGAAAGAGAUGCAGAAGUAAAAUUAAAUGGAUCAUUUAAAAUAAAAUUAUAUACAGUUAAUAAAGUUAAUAUUAAUAUAUAUUUAUAGAUUUUGAAUCCCUACAAUCCAAGUGAUAACUAUUUGCAGACUUAUAUAGAUGAUUCUUUCUAUUUUAAUUUUCUACCUUCAAUAAUUAGUAAAUCAGCUACUCUAUUUCUGAAACAAUUUCAUGUUGAAAGUGAUCAAAGUCUUACUCCGUUUUAAUAAAUUACUAAAGAAAAAUUUUAUCUCCUUGACUAAUCAGAAAUUAGAGAAAGAGUUGAAUUCUAUAAGGAAGGAAAUGUAGAAAUAGCAUCUAUUAUUUUAAGAAAAAGUCCAUACAAAACAGAAAUCUUUAGAAGCUAUCUUAAAAUAGACAAUCUUCUUUCAAAUUUAGGUGGUAUGCAAUAAAUAUUCUUUUUCUUCUUAGGAAUNCUUAAUGAAUCAACUGGCUUAGGGUAUAAAUUAUAUAAAUCUAGGUAUUUCGAAGUUUGAUAUCUUUGGUUAAACGAUUACAUUAAAAAUGAAUCAGAAAAACUACUAUAAAACAUUCCUUGGUGGUCUUAUAUCUAUUGUGCUAUUCAUAAUAAUCCUCACUUUCUUUUCUUCAAAUAUAAAAUCAUUCUUCAAUAAAGAAAAUCUUUUAGCAACUGUUCUCACUAAUUUUGAGGAAAUUCCAUCAUAAUCAGUCAUAAAUGAUGCCACAUUUUUAUUUGCUAUUUAAAUAGAUCAAGAGAACUUUUUGUAAAGACCAUUUUUUUAGAUUGAAGUUCUUUAGAUAUCUGAAACUCGACAAAUAAAUGGAAGUAAAAUAAGAGAGGAAUAGUAAAUUUAAUUAGUCCCUUGUACACUUGAAAGAUUUACUUCAAUCUUUGAUUAAUAUAACAAAAACAUUACUUAAGCCUAUAUAGACCUGAACUUAAAUAAUUUUCUUUGUUUUAAGUAUUUUCCAUUAUAAUAAUUAGAAAAAAUACCUCAUACAUAUUGGAAGGAACACAUUCAAGUAAUUUAUUUUAAAAUUUUUAAAAGGCAUUUAAUUUUCAUACCUGAAAAUAUCUAUCAAGAAAUGUAAUUCAACUAAUAUAUGUGCAAGUGAAGAUGAAAGAGAUGCAGAAGUAAAAUUAAAUGGAUCAUUUAAAAUAAAAUUAUAUACAGUUAAUAAAGUUAAUAUUAAUAUAUAUUUAUAGAUUUUGAAUCCCUACAAUCCAAGUGAUAACUAUUUGCAGACUUAUAUAGAUGAUUCUUUCUAUUUUAAUUUUCUACCUUCAAUAAUUAGUAAAUCAGCUACUCUAUUUCUGAAACAAUUUCAUGUUGAAAGUGAUCAAAGUCUUACUCCGUUUUAAUAAAUUACUAAAGAAAAAUUUUAUCUCCUUGACUAAUCAGAAAUUAGAGAAAGAGUUGAAUUCUAUAAGGAAGGAAAUGUAGAAAUAGCAUCUAUUAUUUUAAGAAAAAGUCCAUACAAAACAGAAAUCUUUAGAAGCUAUCUUAAAAUAGACAAUCUUCUUUCAAAUUUAGGUGGUAUGCAAUAAAUAUUCUUUUUCUUCUUAGGAAUAAUCUUAGCUUUAUAUAACAGAUUUUAAUGUAUUUAAAAAUUGUAUUUUAGUGUUGAUUGAAUUAGCAAAUAAACUUUAUGAAUUUAUGUUAGUAGAAAAAUAAUCUAAAAGAAUGCAUGAAAAUAAUCUUAAUCUUGUAAAUCAAUUAAUAACUGAGAGAUAGUAUCUUGAUUCUAAAAAUAAUGAAUGUGAUGCACACGUUUAACUAUUAAACUAAAGUCAUAUUAAUUAAAAAGACAAUAAUCUUAAAUUAAAAUUUUCAGAUUAAAAACAAGUAUUUAUCUAGGGAAAUCGUAAUUUUAAAGGUUAUGUUAAAAAAACAACUAAAUUAUAUGAUGAUGAAUCAAAAAAGGCUUAUCUUAGUCAUAUAAAUAAUGGAUUAGAAUAUUUUUAAUCUUAAAUAAAUCUCUUAAUAAAAAGAGCAAAACCAAUUAAAUUAAGUUUACAAAUACUAAUUAAUUAUAUUUCAUGUUAGAUUUUAUUUCGAAAUAAACCAAAAAUUAUAUUAAUGAAUAAAGCUAUGUAAAUAUUAUAUUUAUUUUUAGGAAUCAAUUAUCGAAAUAAAUUGAUUUGUUUAAUAUCUUAACUAAAUUAAAUGAAAUAGAUAAAUUAAAAGAAGUUCUCCUGACAUCUGAAUAAUAACUUUUAUUUGAUUUUACACCCAAACCUAUAAUAUCUUUGGAUUAUAAGGAUGCUAAGAUUAAUCGAUCUCUUAUAGAACAAACAUCCAGAUGUGAUUUUGAUAUAGAGUAAGGAUAUUUUAUUAAAAUACUAGAAUUUUAAAAAAAGAGAAUAAAAUCUAAGUAGGAGAAAUAUACACCAAAAGUAUUCAUCUUAAAGCUGAUUCAUAAUUAUAUGAACGUAUAUACAAAGUAAUAAUAAUUAUUAAAUUGAUUUAGGCAUACGAUAAAGUUUUAAAUGGUAUUACAGUUUCUAAUUAAUAUGAAUAGUAAAUAAACAAAUAAUUAAUCAAUUAAUUAGGAGCUGAAGUUUAAACCAUAUUUAAAUUAUCAAAACUUAUUGAUUUUUCGGUCUCAUUAUCUAGAACCUUUAGAAGAAAAGGGUAAAUAUUCUAAUAAGAAAAAUUUGAACCUAUAAGUCCUUGA